AUGGACGCUCCUGCCGCCACUCACUAUGUCCACCGCGACUAUUAUGCCAUCCUCGAAAUCCCGCCGACCGCCGAUGAGGCUCUCAUCAAAUCGAGCUACCGGCGCCUGGCCAAAUUGAAGCACCCCGACAAGAAUCCGGACAAGCCAGACGCGACGUCCGAAUUUCAGCUGCUCAGCGAUGCGUACUCGACCCUUGCGAACAGCUCCAACCGACGGAAAUACGACGCCAAGUACUACCCAUCGGUUUCGCAUCGGCAUGCCACGGCGGGACAUUCUACAAGGAACCCUUAUGGCUUCCCUCGUCACUCUUCGGAAACUUCCGCCCCUUGCGCUGGGCCCGUCCCGAAUGACACUAUUCCCGACCCCAUCACACACUGUAACGCAACAAUCGACCUCUACACCCGACGUGUUUUCGAGCUCGACGGUAUACUCAACGGCCUUUAUGCCAAUUAUUCCAUCCUAUCCAUGCAGCAGAUCACCGCGGAGCAAGACAUCGAGAAGACCGAGAAUGACCUCGCAAACGUCAAGAUCGCCAUCAAGCGGGACAUGGAGGCCAUCCUGAACAAAUACAAGGUCGACUCUACCCAAGAAGAGGCUUCCUCCCCAAGGUCCGCUCCCUCUCCCCCAGAUGAUAACGAAACCACAACCACGGCAACGGUCACUGAUACCACCUACCGCAACACACCCCUCUCUGAAGCCGACUUCAAGACUCUCAACGACUGCAUCGAGAAAUACCAGAAAGACAAACACGCCCUUGAAACCCAGCUAGUCAAGCACAACACCACCGCACACAAUCUCCAAAAGCGGAUCACCCGCCUCGAUCGGGACAUGUCUGUGGUGCGCGACCAACGUACCUGGGCCCAACAGUCCCUCAACACUGCCAUGUCGGAGAAGAAGUUCUGGAAGGCUGAUAUGCAGGCCCAGAACCAGGCACGGCAGCAGCAGUACCAGCAGCAGCAACAGCGGCAGCAGGCGGCUGAGGCGGAAGCUCAAGCUAAGGCGGAGGCAGAAGCCCGAGCUGCGGCGAUGAACAACACGCAGGUGGGGUCGGCGUCUGCGUCCGAACCGGGCAAGGGAGCGGAGGGCAAGAAGAAAAAGGAAAACAAGGAUAAGAAAGUGAGGUGGCAAGUAGAGGAGGAGAAAGCCGAGAAGAAGGUGCUGGAUGCCUGGAGGCAAGAAGCGCGGGCCAGGGAGAAGAGGCGUGAGGAAAUGAAGCGAGAGAGAUGGGCGCGCAAGAACCCGGAGCAGGAGUCUCUUCACCGGGCGUUUAAACAAAAGUUGGACCUCGAACAAAGGGUACUUGAGGAAAUGGAGGCUGAGGAGGCGGCCGCAGCGGCGGCACAGCGGGCUCGGAAGGAACAAGGAAAGACUACGAUGACGGAGGAGAAGGAAGUGGAGGCGCAUGAUGCUGAGGCGCCCCAAGAUUCCAACAACUGA